AUGUCGCCAUUUGAGGCCCUAUAUGAGAAGAGUUGUAGGUCUCCUGUAUGUUGGGAUGAGGUAGAUGAGAGAAAUUUGUUAGGGCCUGAGCUAGUACAAACCACGAAUGAGGCAAUACAGAAGAUUAGAGAUCGUAUGCAAACAAAUCAAAGUAGACAAAAUAUUUACACUGAUGUUAGACAUAAAGACCUAAAGCUUGAAACUAGUGACGAAGUGUUCUUAAAAAUGGCACAAAUGAAAGGUGUUCUGAAGAAGUAUGUGAUGGAUUCAUCCCAUGUGGUUGGCUUUGAGCCACUGCAGUUGAAUGACAACUUGCGUUACGAGGAGAAGCCUGCAGAAAUUCUCGCCAAAGAGGUAAAGACAUUACGCCGUAAGGAGAUAACAUUUCUAAAAGUCAUGUGA